AUGGAUUUUUACGAGCAAUUUCUUUCUCAGCGAGAAGCAGGGGAGAAGAUACGCGCCGAUCGUUUUACCGAUCAUCUCUUUAAUGCGCUGUGUCGAGUUGGCGUUCACACUUUUAGAGACGCAGAAGAGGUGCAUAAAGGAGAGGAAAUCUCCAUUGAGCUCAUCAAUACGAUUAAGGAGUCUAUGAUUUCAAUUAUCAUAUUCUCCAAAAAUUACGCCUCCUCCAGUUGGUGUCUUAGGGAGCUCGAGGAGAUACUGAAAUGUAGAAAGCGAGUAAAUCAAACAGUUCUUCCCGUAUUCUACGAUGUGAAGCCUUCUGAUCUCCGUAAACAAACAGGUGGAUUUGUUGAUGCAUUGACUCUACAUCGGCAACGCUUUGGGGACGAACAAGUUAACCAGUGGAAAGAUGACCUAAAGGAGGUUGCAGAUUUUUCGGGUUGGGAUUUGCAGAACGACGCUGACGGGUAUGAAUCAAAAUUGAUUGAGAAGAUUGUAGAAACUGCUCUACAGUUGGUGAAUCGUACAUACUUGAAUGUUGCAAAACACCCUGUUGGAAUUCAUACUCAUGUUAGAGAAAUACUUUCUUUACUGCAAAGUGAACCAAAUGGUGGCGUUCGUGUCAUUGGGAUUUAUGGCAUGGGUGGGGUAGGGAAAACAACCCUAGCAAAAGCCGUAUUUAAUGAAAUUUGUGAAACAUUUGAAGGUAGUUGCUUUCUUGCAGAUGUUAGAUCAAAAUGUUUGGACGGAUAUAGUGCAGGUUUAAGACAUUUACAGACGCAACUUCUUUGUAAAACUCUUGAGACAACUAGAUUUGAUGUUGAUCAUGUUGAUGAAGGAAUUAGUUUGAUCAAAUUAAGACUCGGAUUAAAAAAACUGCUCAUUGUUGUUGAUGAUGUAGACCACGAGAGUCAAUUAGAUGCAUUAGUAGGAGAGCGAGAUUGGUUUGGUUCAGGCAGUACAAUUAUCAUCACAACUAGACAUGUUAAUUUGCUGAAUGGCCCUGGAAAAGAUUAUGAAAAGUACAAAGUUGAAGUGUUAAGCUCCAAGGAAUCUUUGCAACUCUUUAGCUUGUAUGCUUUUAAUAAUCCAAACCCUUCGGAGGCUUUUGUAGAGCUAUCAAACAUGAUAGUGAGUUAUGUUGGGGGGCUUCCUUUGGCACUUACUGUUCUAGGCUCACAUUUUCGGGCAAGAUCAUCAGCUCAAGAAUGGAGGGAUGACUUCGAGAAGUUAAAAAAAAUCCCUCAUGAUGAUAUUUUGAAGAAGCUCGAAAUCAGUUAUAAAGCACUUGAUGAUGAUACUCGAAGAAUCUUUCUUGAUAUUGCUUGCGCUUAUACAUAUGGACAACUCAACAAAGAAGAAAUUCUUAUGAUAUUAAAUAGUUGUGGUUUCCAUGCUCAAAGUGGUAUUUCAGUUUUAAAGGAUAAAUGCCUGUUAACAGAAGGAAGGGUAAAUUUUCAUAUGCAUGGUUUAGUUCGGGAUAUGGGGAGAGCAAUUGCUCACAAGGAAUCUCUUUACCCUGAAAAAAGAAGUAGAUUGUUUUUAUCUGAUGAAGAUUUGGAUGUGCUCUUGAACAACAAGGGCACUGAUUCAAUUCAAACUAUGAGUGUAGAUGUGCAAACGGAUGUGCCUUUGAGUACCAAGAACUUUAUAUGCUUGGAGGUUUUAUGUCUUGAACAUUGUGAGGAACUUAAAAGAGCCCCAAAUUUCACUGGAGCACACAGUCUAAAGAAACUGACUAUGUGGAACUGUUCGAAGUUGGUUAAAAUUUCAGAAUCAAUUGGAGAUUUAAAAAACCUUGUUGAGUUGGACGUGGUACGUUGUAAGAAUCUGAGGGCACUACCAAGUAGCAUUUGCAAGUUGAAAUCUCUUAAAUUUCUUACGAUGCUAGGGUGCCCAAAGAUAAAAGAAUUGCCUGAACUUUCAAUGUGGUUUUCAAGAGACAUGAUUCAACAAUAUUUGUGCAGCUUCAAAGUAAUUGGAUCUUCACCACAUAACACUUUGCCGGUAUAUUUGGAGGAAAAACUGCGCUUUUUAAUGUGUUUUCCAAGUUGGUGUGCUGUUGACUAUGUUUUAAAAUACAAAAGAACAGGUGUUGAGUUGUUGAGUGGUUCAUGGCGAUUAUGCGAUUAUAAAGCAGAGGAUGGUCUUAUGCAGUUCUCACUCUCAGAAUAUGUUUAUUUUACAGAACCCAUAAAAGUAGAAGAACUAGAGCUGUCUAUGGUUUUAUGUCCAUUAAAGCCAGGACUGGAAGAGAAGGUAACUAUUCAUCCAUAUAUAUGUUAUGAAGAAAAAGAUGGUGAUGAGGACUACCUUUUUCCUAUGGAGCCAAACGUGGAGAUAAAGGUUUCCCCUGUUCGCAUAACGCCCCGCUGCCGCCUAGUGAUGCCUCAAACUCUAGGAUGGCUCUUGUGAUGCUAAGAAGCUUGAGAAAA